UUCUCAUUUUACAGGAUAUGGAAGCACCACCGCUGUGUUAGCAAAACUACACUACUGAUCAGACUUCCUCCCAAAUGUAUGUUCAAUGAAACGGUACUCGCGAAUGAAACGGGAGUCUAUGUAACGUUAAAGGAUAAAACAAUACCGAGGAGUUUUUAAGAAGCGCUAACGUUAGCUAGUGUUGCCUAGCUAGCUAACGUUCCACAGGAGGCUUCGCGCUAGCCAAGUUAGCAGUUAGCUAACUGGCUCAACGGUCUAACACAAACAAGCACAGACGGUAAAAGAAGAACCCUCUCCGGCUGUUUUGAGGUCUCUUCAAAAUGGAUGUCAGCAUUGCCGUGUCGCUGAUUCGAGGUCAGAUGGGUACUGUGGUUGAGCGAGCAGUGAACGGAGCGGUGGAGACAGUGCUGGCCGAAAUGCUCAAAGUGGUCGGAGUCAAAUUUGAGGAACUGAAAGCCCAAGUUGCGCUGAUGAAGAGGGAUGUUGCAUCAUUGCAGCGGGAAAAGGCCCAGAAAGAGAAGGAGAAUGACAACAUUCGAGCCAAGCUGCGUUACACCGAGCUGAAGUUGAAAUACUACAGACAGGGAGUGGAGGAGGAGCUGCAACAGAGAGCCUCUACCUCCACUCUGGUUCGCAUCCAUCCGUCCUCCUUUCUUCAAGGACAGAGGGGUAGCGCAGGUGUUUCCUCUGCUGAGACCUCUCCCUCAUGCUCGACUCAGAGCAGGACCUCUGAAGGAUCACUUACGACAAGCAAUCAAGAAUGCACCUCUCCACACAGCACAAGCAGACGUACAGUCAGAAUGCGCUCCCAUUCAGACGUGGAAGUUGCCACCUCUGACCCGUCUGACCUGCUGCCGCCCGUCUCGGUCUCUGUGAACACACCGACAGAAUCUCUGGACAGCAGUACAGUUUUAUUUUGUCCUGCAGAACAAGACACAGCUCAGAGCAAAGAUGAAGAUCAGGAGGACGACUGUGAGUGGACCAUCACCCUGCAGCCACAUACAGGAGAUGUGGAUGAUGUUGUUGUCCCUGCUCCUGUCCAGACUCUGACUUUGGAUCCAGGGCAGCAGUCAGUAGCUGGUUUUGCGUCACCUAAUGGCUCCACCCAGGCCGACAGCUCCACGCUGCCCUCCUCUGCUCCUCUGCAGGUGAAGCAGGAGGUCCAGGAGCCACAGCAAGAGGAGGAGGAGGUGAUCUGUAUCAAAGAGGAGCCAGAAGAAGAGCAGGAGGUGAUGGCAACCCUUCUGCUGGACUGUCAGGUGCAGCAGGGUCAUCUUCAAGAGUCAGAGACUCAAAGGUCGGUAACAGAGUGGUCGGCAAUUCCAGCAAGCCAAAGAAAUCACACUGCAGCCUCCAGCUCAGCCGGACCAAGCGCCUAUCCGAUGCCUCAGCCAGUAGCCUCCCAGCAGUCAAUGGUGGCUUUGCCAUCUGGCAUCCCACCUCGCCAGGCAGUGAGGCCCUGGACUAAAGACCUCAGCCUUUAUGAAGAGUACAAACUGCGCAGGAAUGAGCUCCGCAGGCGAAGCAUCACUAGACGCAGAGAGUUGGAGAAGACGCUGCCUCAGCCGCUGCUUGCAGAUCUAGUGCGAGAGCGUCGAGAGAAGACCAGACUGAGGGUGGCCAGAUGGAGGGCAAAAAGGAAACUCCAGGCAUGUAUUAACCAGGCUCAGGCUCUAGGUGGUGCUGGAGGUCUUUCUCAAAACAGCUUUCCCAUCAGCAGUCAGCAUCAGCAGCUCACAGUGUCUUGUGCCGCGACGUCCAACAAUCAGCAGAGACAGAGCUCAGCGCUGCCGCAGUCCAACAGCUUCGUCAACAACACAUCAGCAGCAAACAGCAUCUCUGCCACUCUCCCCUUCCUCCCCUCCACCUCCUCCUCUACUCUGCUCCUGAGAGGCCCCAACAUGGCUCCACAUCAGUACACGGUCACAACAUCUUCACCAUCCUCUUCCUACCCCCAGGUCAGCCUACAGCAGAGUAUCUCUCUGACAGACACAGAUAUCUUGCAAUGAACUAGAGAUUUUUAAUAACGUGUUUGUCAAAUUGGUGUUCAUGAACAAUCAGUCACAUACAUAGCCAUCAAGCAUUUGGUCUUAUUUGCUUACCUUACAUUGACCUUCUAUUAACACAAUAACAGCAGAGCCAAUUUCAUUCAUUUCUUUAUUCAACAUAAAUGAAAAGCAUUAUGGAUCUUCAACAGGUUAAAAUUAAAAGCACCUUAUCCCUACACGUAUGUACAGACAAAAUGCAUCACCUUGUUUUUGUCCUUACGUUAAAUCACAUACUCUAUAAAAUGUCAAACAUUCAAAUAAAAACACAACAUUCAGAUUCUUAUAUAAACUCAUUCUCCUACACAGGAAACAUAAAUUAUUUUAAAGUGUAUUUAUGCAGAAACCUUCAAAGCUAUCUUCUUAAGUUAUCUUUAUCUUUCUUGUAUGUCUUUACUGUUGAUGUGUUUUAUAGUUAAAUGUUUGUUUGAUUUGACUGAAAUAUUACGGAGCAUGGGAAGAGACAUGGAGGGGAAAAAAUUAAGUUGAGGACAAAAAAAUUUACUUUUAUGAGCUCUCACUAUAACUUUUCAUUUGGGACACCAUGCCUCAAAGUCAGUUGGACACCAUGGAAACAACCACAAUGAUGGAAGUGCAAACCAUAGGGCAGGAUGUCACAGCAGACUGGUGGCCAGCUGCGGAGCUGCGUCUAACCUGUGUAACGGCAGUAACAGAAAGUUUGCUGAUCUGGUCGGGAGUUGGGGCGGUCAGGGAUCAGCAAACUUUCUGUAGCUGCUGUUACACUCACUGCAGAGUAGCUUCAUUCACUUACUGCAGACCCGUCUCCAGAGCUGCUGUCGGCUCUCCUGGCGAUAAACUAGGGUCCUAUAGAGUUUUGCGCUGGCAAGAAUCUGGCUAUAUGAUACAAAUCGUGAUACACGGGCAUUAUGAUUCAAAAUACUGCAUUUCUGUAAGCAAAGCGAUACAUUGCGUUUUAUUUUUCUAAAAGUAAUUCUAAUGUAAAUCUCUGCUGUUUACUAACCCGUUGGCACACCACACAUAUAGAAAGGCACACUCGUCUGCUGCCAAGCCGUGUACACAUCUCUUGUCCAUUUGCAAUAGGAAAGGAAUCUAUAGCCUAUUUUAAUGGGUUUUUUCCCACGUUUAAAAAAAAAACCUGCUGAUUUUGGUGGAAAAUAUAAAGUAGAUUUGGAAGACGAUUGAGGGUACGCUUUGUGACAACUGUGUUCACUUGCGCUAGGUAUUCUUUUCAGAUAUCUCACUAAUGAGAAUUUAUAUUUGAGACCAAUCUCAUGGGUGUGUGCCCUCCAUUGCAGCGGUUGUUUCCAUAGUGCUGAACUGACCCAGAAUAACAAAGACCUAAAUGAAAAAGAUUUGGAGAUCUUCCCGAGAUUUACCCUCUAUGUUCCUGCUUGGGCUUUAAAAAUAUAGUGCAACAGGAACAAUUUAUUAUGUUUGUUUUUUUAAAUUGAGCAUUUGACUGUCUUUCAAAUAUUAGGCAGAAUGGGUUUUCCAGUGCUGGGGUGAUUGUAAUCAUUGCAAUUUGUUGUGGAGUUGAAGUAUCAGUACACAAAGAAAUGAACUGGGAAGUGUUACUUUGCUUCAUACCAAAAACAUGUCAAAGUUGCAAACAAGAAAACAAACUUUCAUUCCUGAUAAAACAAAAGAAGCCUAAUACCUUGUUCACUUACAAUAAAUGCAGAUUAAAAUAAA